CGUACGAGGAACUAAAAGCAAGAGGAAUGACACAACAGGAACAUGUAAUUGAAGUUGCUGCAAGUAACAAUUCUGCUGCUGAUAGAGCAGCGUUCAUUCGAACCUCGAAACACGAAGAACCAGAUGAGAAAGAAUCAUGCGACCUGGUGGAAGAGGAGGAAGAGAAAGAUAUUGGUCACGUGACAUGGCGCCUGUACUGGUCUUUCUUUAGAACUGGAUCCAACAGUGUGUCUAUAUUAAGCUUUGCCUUCUUCUACCUACUCGUACAAGCAUUCAUUUUUGCUACAAGCAUUUUUCAAGCAUUCCUGGCUAACAUGUCCUACAGCGCACAGAGGAACUCGAGAACCGUUUUGGAAUAUUUUGGUCUGGUGUGCGUAUCGUUUGGUUUGGUUACCCUACGAAGUUUCCUUUCCUACUACCUCGUAAUCAAGUCAUCUAGAAACCUUCACGCAAACAUGAUGGAAGCAGUGAUCAAGUCUCCAGUGCUGUUCUUUGAUACCAAUCCAACGGGACGAAUAAUGAAUCGCUUUUCAAGAGACAUUGGCAUCAUUGAUGAUGAGCUUCCUAGACGAUAUGGUACGGCUUUGCCGAUUAUCGUCAAGUGCCUGGGAGUGGUUGUGAUGACAACAGUCGUCAACUUGUGGUUUCUGCUAGUAGUAAUACCACUUGUAAUACUUUCUUAUUAUUUCUCUUGCUAUUACCUCAAAACAUCUCGUGAGCUGACCCGAAUGGUAGCAAUUCGCUACAGUCCCGUGUAUUCGCACAUCACUGAAACAAUAAGAGGGCUAGAAGUCAUUCGUACGUCGCAUAGGGAAGAAUGGUUUGUCAAUGAAUUGAUCAGACUUCAAAACCAGCACACCAAGGCUUUCUAUCUGGUUGUCGCCUCGAAACAAUGGUUUGCACUUCGUUUUGAUAUCCUGGUCGCAUGUAUUGUCAUAGGCGUGGCCUUCAUUGGUUUGUUUGCCAUUGAGGACAAAGCUUUGGUAGGUAUGCUGUUAACCCUAGCAGCAUCUCUUCUUGGAUCAGUUGAGUACGCACUACGCAUGGCAUGCGACUUAGAAAACAACAUGACGUCAGUCGAGAGAGUCAUGACGUAUUGUUCUCUUCCAUCAGAACCAGGUUACAACAGACAAGAUAUUAAGACAAAAACCUGGCCUGAACAGGGUAUGCUUAAACUACAGGACGUGUCUCUACAGUAUGUACAAAAUGGGAUAAAAGUGUUGGAAGAUAUCAACUUACUAAUCCAACCGAGAGAAAAAAUAGGUAUCGUAGGACGUACAGGAGCAGGCAAGUCAUCCUUGAUAGCCGCCAUUUUACGUAUGCCAGAGCCUCAAGGACGGGUUUUUAUUGAUGGUAUAGACCUGGGUACCAUUAAUAUCCAGACUGCACGGACAUCAGUAGCUGUCAUAUCCCAAGACUCUUUUCUUUUUUCUGGACGUCUUAGAAGAACUUUGGAUCCAUUUAAUAGUUUUACAGAUCAACAAAUCUGGACAGCACUUGAGCAGGUCCAGGUGAGUGAAAUGGUGUACAACAUUCCUGAUCAACUAGAUUACUACAUAGGAGAGUUUGGAACUGGUUUUAGCGCAGGUGAGCGACAACUUCUUUGUCUUGCAAGAGCUUUACUAGAGAAACGUCAAAUAAUGAUCAUGGAUGAAGCAACAGCCAACGUAGACUACAAAACUGACCAGUUAAUUCAACAUGUUAUACGAAACCAGUUCAAGAACCAAACGGUACUAACCAUAGCACAUCGAAUCAACACAGUUAUAGACUACGAUAAAGUAAUAGUUAUGGACCGAGGUCAUGUGAUGGAGUACGAUAAUCCGGUGGUGCUUGCCGAGAAAAGGGACAGCAUUUUUCACGAACUUUUGAAGAAUCAGGGAACAUUGACCAAAUAGAUAAACUUACUUUUUGUACCAGCCUGCAUUUUGUGUAGAGAGGGAAAUCAAGAGGUUUCUUUGCCUGCUUGAGUUGUUAUUUUGUUAACGCUAGUCGUGGGCCUUAUUUUUGAAAUGGUCUCUGGCAGACUGGUAGUAUAGGAAAUCAUAUGGUUCCAAGUGCAAUUUUCAACAAUUUUUUGAAAAUUUGAGCAAAUGAGUUUUUCAUACAAGACUGCGCUCGUUGCGCUCAGUGAGCCCGUAGAACGAUAGGAAUUUGCAGUCAAAUUUCUCCUGAAUUGAACAAGAAAACUUUACCCAUAUGAUCCUUUUGUUAUUAAGGACGGUGGUGUAGAAUCAUAAUAGUGAGGGGUACUUUAACGUUGACACUAAUGACGUAAGCAUUUUUUAAUUGGAUUGGUUUUGCCAAUGUU